AUGAACGUAGUUAUAACUGGUGCGUCGGGAUUUUUAGGCUCCCGACUAACGGAAGCACUACUUUCAGAAAAUUCAGCAGUUCCUGUGGCCAAACUGUUGUUAGCAGAUGUCGUGCGUCCACAACCGCACUCCGAUCCCAGAGUAUCUACCGUGGCUAUUGAUUUAAGCCAACCUUCAGCUGCAAAUCUUAUUAUUAAGCCAGAUGUUCACAUAUUGUUUCAUCUUGCAGCAAUAGUCAGUGGUCAUGCAGAAGCAGACUUCGAUCUCGGUUUAAGUGUAAAUUUCGACGCAACCCGUGCUCUCGCUGAUGCAGCCCGCCACCAAGUCCCAUAUCUACGUUUCAUAUUUACAAGUACGGUUGGAGUGUUCGGUGGAAAUUUGCCACCAAUCAUAGAUGACCUAACUGCCGUUACUCCUCAGAAUUCAUAUGGUUCUCAAAAAGCUAUGUGUGAAUUAUUGCUGAAUGAUUACGGACGUCGGGGUUUCGUGGAUGCUCGUAUUGUACGCCUUCCAACAGUCAGUGUAAGGGCAGGAGUGGCGAAUAAAGCGGUCACUGCAUUCGCAAGUGGAAUAAUAAGAGAACCCUUAAAUGGAUUAGAGAGCAUUUGUCCAGUGGAUAGGGAUCUUAAACUGUGGUUGUCUAGCCCGAAUACGGUGAUUAGAAAUAUUAUUCACGCCGCUACUCUGCCGCAGAAUGUUUUGGGUCCUUGGCGUGUUAUAAACUUACCAGGAAUAAGUGUUUCGGUUGAUGAAAUGAUAAAAGCGCUGCAUACUGUGGCAGGCGAUAAAGCAACGUCACUUAUUCGCUUUGAGCACAACGAACUGAUCGCGCGAAUCGUUGGCAGUUUUCCGAAUAUAUUUGAUAACACACGAGCACUUGGCAUGGGCUUCAUAGCGGAUGAAAGUUUUGAACAAAUGAUCCGCAUGUACAUUAGAGAUGAUCUAAAGCGUUGA